AAGUCCGUUGUAAGCUGUGCCACGACACUGACGUUGUUUACAAAAUGGAGCGUGAUACGAAAACCGUAUUUCUCUUCGAUGUUGACGGAACAUUGACAGCAUCUCGAAAGGUAAUAGAGCCAGAGAUGGCUAGGUUUAUGGAGGAUUUGAAGUCACAAGUCAAGGUGGCUCUGGUUGGUGGCUCAGACCUUGUGAAAAUUGCUGAACAAUUAGGUGGUGACGAUGUAAUACACAAGUUUGACUAUGUGUUUGCUGAAAAUGGGCUUGUUGCUUACAAAGAGGGACAACAGAUUGGCCAACAGAAUAUUUUGAAACAUAUGGGUGAAGAAGUCCUGCAGAAAGUUAUAAACUUCAGUCUACACUACAUGUCACAGUUAACACUUCCUGCUAAACGUGGGACAUUUAUAGAGUUUCGCAGCAGUAUGAUCAACAUUUGCCCCGUUGGUCGCAGCUGUUCACAAGCAGAGAGGGAUGCAUUUGCUGCUUAUGACCAGGAACACCAAGUAAGGGAGAAGUUUAAACUGGCGCUCGAGAAAGAAUUUCAGGGGGCGGGGCUACAGUUUGCCAUCGGAGGUCAGAUCAGCAUUGAUGUGUUCCCUGAAGGCUGGAACAAGACCUACUGUCUGCGUUUCAUGGAGAAUGAUGUUGACACUAUUCAUUUUUUUGGCGAUAAAACAGAAAAGGGCGGUAAUGAUUACGAGAUCUUCGCAGAUCCACGAACAGUUGGACACAGUGUAACAAGCCCGGAAGACACGAGGAAACAAGUGACUGAAGUUCUCAACUCUCUCAAACAUUGAUAUAUAUCAAUGCUAGGAAAUCAUUAGGCAAAGAGGCAGAUAUUUUAAUCAUUGAUACAUUCUUGUUGUUCAGAAGUAAGAAAAAUUGUGAGUCAAUACAAGGUUUAUUGACAGACAAGAAAUUUAUUUUAUUGUAAUUCAUAUUUAUUGCUCAGCUUUAUUUUACCCCUAAUAAGAGUAUAAUUUACAUUAAUAUUUACGAGAAUUGCAGAAACUUAAGGGUUUCGCGGGAUGGAAUGAGUGGGGAAUCUCAGAUCAAAUUAAUUUGAAAAAUGAUUCUAUCUGUGCAUUUGAUGAUGGUAACCAAAGUUCUUGCAAAGAUUUUAAUAUACAGGUCACUAUUUCAAUAUGUGCUAUUUUCAAACGUCCUGCCCAAAUAUGUGAUGUAUUAUUAUUUAUAUUACAUUUUAUCCUAUUUUGCUAAUCCACUGGAAUUUAUCUCUGAACCGGCUUUCCGUAUUAUUAUUUUUAUUGAAUUGAUGACAAGUCGGACAUGUUGUUUUAUUCAACAAUAAAAUAUUUUGUAAAGCAUCAAACGAAUUCAAAACAUAUUUCGGAGAGUGUGUUUGUCAUGCAUAAUUGUAAACUUUCAUAGGAUUAAAAUAAAUUGCUGAGACAGGAUUACGGUUUGGUAAAUCAUGUUUUGGGUCAGAAUGGUUGGAUUGGAUACAAACGCUUGAAAAGAAGUGUGGUUUAAAAUAAAUUUUGGGACAGGGAUGAAAGAACAAAAAAUAGAAGUGCAUAUUGUUCAACUUCAUUUUGAUAAGCAUUGGAUUGAAGUUGCCAUUGAAGCAAGCGUGUUGUUUAUACAAAUUUAGUUGUUUACGACUCCUGUGAAAGCUGAAAUAUUGUCAUCAAUAUAAUGAUGUUCAAUAUAUCACUCAUUCCAUAUUAUACAUGACAGUUCUCUCCAGUAUACUGAUGGAAAGAUACUAUAAGGAUUUUGAGGAAAUAUAUGAUUUACAUUUGUUAUGGGCUUGAAUUAAAUUCACUCCUUAAAUGUAUCAAGUUAAACUUAAACUUUUUCGGCGUAGCUGUAUAAGCCAGCUUUUCACCUUACCUGACCUUUGUAAUGUAAGUGUCCAAUAAAAUUCAAAUAAAAUUUCCUGCGGCUAGAUACGAAUGAAUACACUUCAUUUAUUCAAUUGGCUGAUUUGAACAUGCCACCAGAACAUUGGAAACAUGACCGCGUCUUUGUAACACUGUUUUACUGUGUGUUCAGCAUGAAACAAUUUUAUCUCUUACUAAUGAAAAGGCUUGAUAGAUAGAACAGUUUUACACUCAACUCUCGACAUCAAUACAGUUUGUGCGUGCACCUUUUAUUUUCAGACGAUUGCCAGCGCCAGAGCGCUUGUACUUAAAGGCUAUGUUCUUAUAUUUAGUAAUUACUUCCAUAUUCCUGUCUGUGUACUAGUAUAUUUAAGUUCAUAAAAGUAUCGUUUUUCCCUAUCCUGAUAUUCGUUUUGGCCAAACCAUUUUAAAUUGUUUUCGAAAUUGAACAUUUAACAUGCAAAAGUAUAAAGGUUUAAACAAGCUGUCGUUCCAGCAGUGGAAGCGUGGCCUCCAUUUAAUGCAUUGCAUUCCAACCCGCAUGGUAUCGGGGUCAGUUCGCAGCCAGUACAAUAAUCGUUAUAUAAUAUAGACGCUAUUGCAGGAACUAUGUGAACUGGAAUUUUCUUUACACCAGAAAUUUGUUAAAUGAAGAUAUUCAGCGAUAUAAUUAUGGUAUGUCAAUAAUUGAUUCUUAACCCUUUGCAUGCUGGGAAAUUUGUCGUCUGCUAAAAUGUCGUCUGCAGAAUUUCUAAAAUUAGCAUUUUCUUCUAUUUUUUUCAAAGAAUACUAUCAGAAUAGCAAACAGUUUGGAUCCUGAUGAGACGCCGCGUUCUGUGUCGUCUCAUCUGGAUCCAAACUGUUUGCAAAGGCCUUUAAAAUUCGGUUCCCGCACUGAAAGAGUUGAUGUGUUUUCAACAAUACCAUGAUAAAUAUUUUUUUUGAUUAAUUUAACAAGAAUUAUUCCACCAUAUUGACUUAUGUAUUAAGCAUGAGCGCGAUGAUUCUCGAUACUGUUAAUAAUCAAAUCAAAUAGCAAUGCCUGACAAACCACUAAAACAGGUUUGUUCGAAGAACGCGCGCAUAAAUAUUUAAAAUAUGUUCGGAUACUUCGCGUGUGGCCGGUUGACUCGUAUGUUUUAAUUUCACUUCCAUUCUUCUUUUGGUAUUCUGUUUUGUAUUUAUAGGUUUAUGACAAGCAAUAUGUAAUAAUGUAAAAUAAGCCGUAAAAACUCCGCGUAACGACCCGUACUGCGUGUGAUGCAGCUAAGAACUGCACAGAAAAAGACAUUCGCUAUCUUUGAUCUCAUUCAUUGAACUCUUUACCUUUCACCAACUCCAACCACAAUCAACGCCGUAUAUCUUUGUUUAAAGAUAUUUCUUGUUUAUUAUCAAAUAAAGGAAUUAUAUGCAUUUGUGUGGAAUUUAGCAAAAAAAAAUCAUAUCAUCAAACAACGAGAGUUUAAUGCAAUGUUUUGACUUGCUUAUCCUCGAAAUGAAAUCCAGAGCAUGUUAGUGAUAUAUUUUUGUACAGGAAAAAAGAAUUGAUCUGUCAAACAUAGAAAUCAUUUUAAAAGUGGACAGAUAAUUAAGACCAAAGUGUAUAAUACUUGGAACAAUGUUCAAAACUCUAGCUUUAAGAGUCAUUUUACAUGUCAUUGUUGUAAGUGAAUAAACUUUAAAUACAAAUUGGUUCUACAUACAUUCCAUUUAAAUGUGACCUAAAUGUCAGUGUUCUUGAACAUAAAUGUUCACUGGUAAUUGUGCAUUUAACUUGCUUUAACAUAUGUAGCCUUAAAUUUGUUUAAAAAGCAUUUGUUUACAUGUAUUGCCUUUGGGAUCAUAAUGCAUUCUUACUAUAAAUUGGUUCUCAUUCUGUAUUUAUUAUAUUAAUAAAAAUGUGUAAGUCGUGA